AUGGCACCGCUCCCCUCUGCGCGCGGCCAGCGUCAGUGCUGGUGCCGACGUCCUGUUGGACUUGGACUCCCGCGAUCUCUCGUCGCGGAUCGCUGCGAACUUCGCCGAUCCAUGGCCACGGUCUUCGGUCCCGACAGCAGGGCCUGGCCCACAACGGUUGCGCAGGCGAAGAACAUCCAGCUUGCGUACUGCAAGAUGAGGGGCUAUAGCAGCGCCACCUGCGAGGGCGUCAUCGACGAGCACUUCAAAAACCAUUCUCUCACGCAGGGCUCCGACUUCCUUACGAUGACGCCGCAAUUCUGCGAGGAGUCGGUCUUGCUGCUGUCGCUCGACCAGAUCCAUUCGGGAAGCAGUCCGGCGAACGCAACAUUCCUCCUGGAGAGCAGCGCUCGCUCGACGCUGGGAGGCGACGGCCAGCUCUGGCCCUUUACGACCUCCAACUGCACUGACACCUGCGCCGACGGCAAGCAAAUGGUGUACCACUCGUGGUCCGUUGGCUGCGUCUGCGCGUGGUGCGAGACGAACACCUGGGGGCAGGUGCAGCUCUGCAGGAGGAAGUGCUACGUGGGCGACAGCCCCGGGUGCGCCAAGUGCUUCCCCAGCAGCGCCGCGGUCUCUGUGCUCACGCCGGGCGGUGCGGUGGCCACCCGGGCCAUGGAGGACCUCCGCGUGGGCGACUUUGUGCAGACUGCGGGGGGCUUCAGCAAGGUCUUCGCCUUCAUGGACCACGCGUCAGACACGGAAGCCGAAUACGUGCAGCUGAAGACGGCGUCCGGUCACGAGCUCUCCCUGACCGCAGACCACAUGGUGUACGCCCACGCGGAGCAGACGCCCGUACUGGCCGGAACCAUCACCGAGGGCGACUUGUUGUGGACCGUGCCUGGUGCCGGUGCCGGAUUCGUCUCGUCGCGGGUCGUUCGGGUGCGGCACGGGCCGGAGCGCGGCAUGCACGCGCCCCUCACCGAGGAGGGCUCCGUGGUGGUGAACGGCGUCCUCUCGUCGAGCUACGCGAAGGUCAAGAGCCUGCGGUGGGGAUCCACGGUGCUCGUGAGUGGCCACGACCUCAACAGCCUGGUGCCCCGCCUGUGCGGGAACGGGUGGCACUCGGCGGGGGGGCGCCACGCGUGGACCCAGCUCCUGCUGGACCGGCUCGGCUGGCUGCAGGCCCUGAACGACGGCCACAGCGACCUGCACGCCGCCCUCGUCGCGGAGCCCUCCGUCUUCUCCUGGCUUGCCAGCUUCGCCCAGAUCGGUGCCGCAGUCCUGCUCUCGGCGGUGUUCGGCCCGGCGUCCCGCGUCACCCUGCUGACCCUCGCCGCGGUAUCUCUCGACUGA